UCUCUCUCGCAAAACCCCCCCGUAAAACCGCGUCAAGCCCCCAAAAAAAGUCACCCAACCCGCCAGUACCAAGUUCCCCCCCUAGAAACCCCUAAAAAUGCGCGUCCCCUCGAAACCCCCGUCGAAAAAGAAAAUAAUUCACCCGUAAACGCGAAAAAGUGGUGUCCUCUCGCGAGGCUUGACCAGAACUAAGGUUAUCCGUGUGUUUCGCGGGCAUCGAACGUCGUCAAGCCCCCUAGACCGCCGUGUAGUGACCCUCCCCCCUGAGUGCACCAUCGAGAAAGCCCCCGGAAGUGCCGAGUGAUCAUCAAUGCUAAAAAAUCUCCAAAACUGAAAGACCCUAGAUCAGGAUGACGGGGAGAGGACCCAAGAGGCGGGGGCGACCCCCGAAGUCAGUGGUGAUGGAGCGCCCGAAGAAGUUCCAGUACCACCUGAUGAAGAAGCCAAAGUACCUUCAGAAGGGUGCUGACACCCCCAGCUCGCAGCCAAGCACCCCAACAGCAUCGAGACCAACGUCCCCAGUGGAGUCUGAGGAGAGCAGAAGAAGCACGAGAUCAACGAGAAAAUCAGUGUCAACAGCAACAAGAGGUGGUAAGUCCCGAAAGGGAGGGCAUUCCAGUGCUUAUCAGAGACGUGGGUAUAAUGCAAACGUCGACCUGAGGGACUCUGAGUACCACUAUGGAUCUGAUUUUGGUGAUGAGUCGAGUGAGAAGAGUGAGGUUGACGACGAUCCCCUCCUCCAGUCUGAUCCUGAGAGCUCUGAGUCAGUCGGUGAGCCUGAUCCCUCGUCAGACAGCGACUUCUCCCUGUCCAGUUUCAGCAAUGGAACCCCCAGAAAGAGUCUCCUGUCCUCUGCAAGGGCUCCCAGUCCUGAGCCCCUGUGGCUGCAGAACAGAGAGCUGCCUCCCCUCGAGAUCCCCAAGUCCUCGGAGGACCUCCUCAUCGCGAAGGAGCACGUCAUGCAGGCUCUCUCCAUUUACGAGGUUCUCAGGCACUUCAGGUCGCUCGUGAGACUCUCCUCAUUCAGGUUUGAGGACUUCUGCGCUGCCCUCACCUGCGACGACCAGACCAAUCUCCUUGCUGAGAUCCACAUAAUGCUGGUGAAGGCUCUGCUGAGGGAGGAGGACUCCCAGCAGACGCACUUCGGCCCCCUGGACCAGAAGGACUCUGUCAACGUCAGUCUCUACUUCGUCGACCCCAUGACCUGGGCUGAAACACUGAGGUCUUACGUGGAGAGCGAUAAAAACUUUGAUCAAUCCAUUCUCCACAUCCUCACCACCACUGAGUACCCCUUCUGUGGGAUUGACAACAGGCUGAAGGUCCUUCAGUUCCUCACUGAUCAGUUCUUGAUCACUAAUCCUGUCAGGGAGGAUCUCCUGCACGAGGGGAACAUGCAUUACGACGACCACUGCAGGGUCUGUCACAGACUGGGGGAUCUUCUCUGCUGUGAGACAUGUCCUGCGGUCUUUCAUCUGGAGUGUGUGGAGCCUCCCCUGGUCGACGUGCCCACUGAGGACUGGCAGUGCAGCAUCUGCAAGGCGCACAAGGUGUCUGGGGUCGUUGAUUGUGUCCCUGAUGUCGAGAAGAAUGGACUUCUCUGCAGGCAGGAGCAUCUGGGCUUCGACAGGCAUGGGAGGAAGUACUGGUUUCUGGCGAGAAGACUCUUUAUCGAGAGUGAGGAUGGAGAGGUCUGGUAUUACAGUUCUCCACUGCAGUUUGAAGAGCUGUUGAACAGUCUUGAUAAGGACGAGUUUGAAAUCGCCUUGUGCAGGGAAUUGUCGGACUACAAGGACGAGAUCAUCAGGCAGAUGGAGCUCACAGAGAGCAUCACGAAUCAGUUCAAGGGGAACAAGAAGUCGUACCUAGAAGUCGAGAAUGCGCAGAUUCUCAAGAUCCAGAGGGAGAGGUUGGAGAGAAAAGAGGAUGAGGAGAAAAAUCCUGAGGAGGGGGAGAAGAAGGAAGAGGAGAAGAUGGAGAUAACGUCUGAGGAUCAGGGGGAGUCGUCGUUGCAGCAAGAGGGAAAGAAGUCGAAUUCUCCGUCUGAAGCUGGUGAUGAUGAUGACGAGGAGAAGGGGAAGAAGGCAUCGACGAUGAUCACUAGGUCGAAAACAGGAUCACUGACCCCAAGAACCUUCAGCAUGGACGACUUGAAGAAGAAGAAUGCUAAUGAACUCGAGAAAAUCGACAAGAUCCUGAAGGACGAGAGGUCUGACAACACCAGGUUGACGAGGCAGAAGGCCCAUCAGAUCGCCACUGGUACUCAUCUCUUCAAGCUUGGGAUGGACAAUAACUUCAAGUCCUACGUGAAUCAGUACAGCACGAAUACUGUAGCUUUGAACAAGUCCCAGAGGAAUGAGGAGCGAGACAAGAAGCGUCACUUGUCUCACAAGUUCUCGUUGACUCAAGCCUCGGAGUUCAAGUGGGUGGGGAGUUUGACUGGAGCUAGAGCACUGCUUGUCAGUACAAUCAGGCAGACGAUACUCCAGUUGGAGAGCAACAUCCAGGCUCCCUUCAUGCACCCAAACUGGCCUUUAUUGAGGAAACCCUGGACAACAGCUGUUGGAGCUUGUGUCAAUCCUCGUGACUUCGCAAGGGCUCUGAUUGUCCUUCAGGCUUGCAUCAAGUCCUGUGUCUUUGCUAAUGUCUGGCACGAUCAGCUGGGACAUGUGAAGCUGCAGCGAGUGACUGCUGUGGAGCGUGAGGAGAAAAAACGACUGGAUAAAAAGGAGAAGAAGGAGAAGGAGGACGAGGAGGAGAGGAACAGGCUGACCUUCAACUUUGUCAAGUACUCUCUGGGCCUCAAGCACCAAGUCUGGAAGCAGAAGGGGGAGGAGUACAGGGUCCACGGCCAGUGGGGAUGGCUGUGGAUCUCAGCAAGUCGUAGGAACAGAUCGGACAUCAAACUGAAGCCCCUGGGGCCCCAGAAGAUCAUGGUUCAGAUCAGGGACCAAGGGGGCAUCAAGAUCCUGGCUAUCGACCCACAGACCUACGACUUCCUUGUGCAAGAGUACUCAGGACCAAAGAAAGAGGUGAAGGAGGAGGACGUCAAGCCUUCCAUCAAGGAAGAAGUCGAGGCUGAAGUGAAGGAGGAUGACAAGCCCUCGGAGGAAUCUAAGGAAGCUAAACCAGACAAGAAGAGCCUGUCCUUCCUAGCGGGCAUGAAGAUCGAGAAGGUCUUCCCUCCCAUCGACAAGUUCGAGGAGAUCGAUGUCAUGAAGGCACUGACCACCCCUGGACGUCUCCACUACCCGAAGAUAGCGAAGAAGACGAGAAUUGACGACUUCUUGGCGAGAAGAACUCAUCUUAAAAUUCUUGAGGAACGAAGGCUGUCGCAAACUGAGAAGCUCAAGGACGCCAGUCAAGUCAAGAAGGAAGAGACUGAGGAGGAGGAUGACCACGAAGACAACGCAUCACCAGGCAAUUCGAUCCUCAGCAUUUUGUCAGGUGAAUCCCCCAACAAAUCUCUUCACCCAUCAGCCAGGGAGAUGCUGAUGGUCGUCACCAAGAGAAUCCAACAGGUGAGGAGUCAGUACGCAGCUGUGGUGAGAUUUGGCAAGAACAAUCACUGUUACUCUCGUUACUGCAAUAUGACUGGACAGUCACCUAGGACACCCAUCACCCCUCAGAGCCUCAUCAGCACGUGCUACUCACCCAUUUGCCUGCAAAAAGCUAGACUGAGAAGGGACCUUGUGAAUCUUCUGAGGAAAGCCAAUGCUUUGAACAACAAUCAGACUGUCGUGGAGAAUCCAGUGGCUCCACCACCUAAGAAACCUGAGGAGAGCAAGGACGCCAUCAGGAGGGAUCUGGAGUCAGCUGUGGCUCUGGCCACUCAUUGCUCCGAGGAGGUGCCAGCUACAAACGUCAAUGUUGCAGAAUCACCGAAGGCUAAAAGGGUGAAGAUGGAGGUGGAGGCUGAUGGGGAGCCUGGCCAGCUCGACAUCGAGAAGAUUGAGGAGGACAGCAAGCCUGGGAAGGCUGAAGACGUAAAGCCUAGUCUGGGAUCGACGACCACCAUUGUUAACAAGAGGGGAAGGACUGUUCAACGGUGCACCGUGGCUAAAGAGCUGACUGCUGAUGGGACUGAGAGGGUUUACUCCACUGUCAAUCCAGAGGGGAAAGUCUAUUUGAAGAAAGUGGCGAUAUCCCUGGCUGAUAGGAGGAAGAAGAGGGUGCCUGUCAAGUAUCCCUUGUGCUCCACAUUCAGCACCAAAAACAACAAGAGAAGCAUCUUGCUGCUGCCUGAACAUGAGCUCAGGAAGCUCGCCAGGGUGGGGGGAAAGGCUCCUGUUGGGGGCUUUCAUCAGAUCGCCAAGGCCAACAUGUCGGUGUGGCCUUAUCCCUGUCCAAGACCACUGUUCAAGACCUGUUGGCUGUACAGAACUGUUGGGCUGAAGUCCUUGGCAGCCGCUGCUCUGCAGCUCAGGGUCCUCUGGGGCUGUCUCAGGUGGGAUGACAUGGUCGCUAAACCUGCUUCGUCAGAUGGAAAACAUCAGAUCACUACUGAUACGGAGAUCAUGUCACUGGAGAUUCUCAAGCAUCGACAUGUGGGGCAGUUUAUGGAUAGGACGCAGUAUCUCAGGAGGAAGGUGGUGAUUCCGUUGGAGUUACCCAAGCAGAUCAGGGAGGUCACCAGCAUCAGGAGUGGGCUGAGGAAGAGGAAGAGACCGGAGAGCCCUCAGAGCACUGAACCUCAGGUCUCCGAGGAGUGGGUGGAUGAGGACAAGCUGGAGUUGUGGGAGAUCAAGCAGUAUGGGGACAGGUUGGAGAAGGCUAAUGCACAGAUUAUUACUAGGAGCAGAUCGGGUGGACCACAGACUGGUUCAUUCGCCAACAGGGGAUCACUGGCUAGUGCCAGUGAGUCGUUGACCAGCAAAGCAACACCUGAUGAGAUCAAGGAGAAGAUGGAGCAGCAGCUUAGGAUACAGAGGGCUGCCCACCAGCAGAAGAGGGUUCUGGAGACUCUCAAGAGCCCCGCUAAUGCUUCUACCCAGAUUGUCAAAGUCACUACUAAUUCUAAUCAAGAUGGUACCGUGAAGCUGGUCUCCAAAGUGGCGAUUCCAGCGACCCCCACAAACCCCCAGAAAUCCCAGCUGACCUCCCUCCUGACAACCCCCACCCAGAGCAAAACAAUAAUCGGCACCCGUCGAAUCUACAUGACAAAAUCAGCAGACGGUACUACCCGAGUGGUCUCCGGCCCCACAAGCAUCCUCCCAAAGACUCCAAGCACACCCUCGACCCCCACGCCCCAAUCCCUGAUAAAAGGCAGCCCCCAGACCCCCCAGCAGCCCCAACGAGUGCAAAUUCUUCGAGGGCCAGACGGUAAACUCCAGGUUCGAGGUCUAAUGCCAGGUCAACAACUGGUCCAGAUGCCUGAUGGUAAACUCCACGUCCUGAACACCACCCAGAGUCCCGCCACCACUGCCUCCAGCAACUCCAAUCCCCAGAUAACGAAGACAGUGACAACAGUGAUAAAAGCCCCAACUAUAAAAGCAACCCCAGUAAAAGUUGCUGCAUCAACACCUCAGGGCUCUCGUCUGAAAGCAACCCCAUUGACAGUGGUCUCCAACACUGGAGGUGUCAUAACAACCCCCAAGAGCACCCUCGUGGUGGCCAACCCCAACCAAGUGCCGGUGUCAGGCCAAGUGAUCGUCAACAAUCCAAACUUGUUGCAGCAAUUGGCGAGUGGCAAAGCCCAGAUAGUAUCAAUCAAUGGCCAACACGUGGUGAUAAGAAACACCCCAACAGGAAACCAGAUAGUCCACCUGAAUUCACCGAACUCCACGAUAAUUCAGGUUGAAAAUAUGGCCCCCAAAGUGGUGACAGCUGUGACGAAUCCCAAUACUCCAGUGACUCCAAGUACUCCAGCACCCACGAGUACACCAGCACCUCCAAGUGCUCCAGCUGCUGUCCCUCAGACAGCACCAGUGGCAACACCUCCAGUAGCAGAGGAAACUCCAGCGACACCAGCAACCCCAACAACACCACCAACUCCAGCAGCUGCACCAGCCCCGGCAGCAGCAACAACAACAACAACAGCAACUCCAGCUGCAGCAGCCCCACCAGCAGGAAGUGUUGAAGCUUCUCUGCUAGCUGGUCAGCCCCCAGGAACAAUAAUAAAAUGUGUGACAGCCCAGUUGAUACGGACGAAUCAAGGCCCCAGAAUUGUUCUCCAAGGGCUCCAGGGCACCGAGUUGAGUCCUGCCCAGACAGCAAUGGUCCAGCAGCAGAUAAAGCAACAACUGAUGAAAGCACAGGCAACCUCUGGUAAACAGGGUGUCCUGGGGCCAAUGAAGAUUUAUCUGGCUAUGCAGCCAGUGUCCUCUCAAUCCUCCACCCCACAGACACCCGCCAAGCCCCCAGUACCAGCUCCAGGGGUGAAAAAUCAGGCUCCAACACCUGUUAAACCAGUUGUAGCCAAGGAAAACAUUCCAGAAACACCAAAACAGACCCAGCAGCCGGAGAAACCCAAAGUUGUUGUACAACCGGUCUCGAAAACCCUUGAUCAAGAGGACCAGAAGGGUCUCCAUACCCUGGCCAAUGGUCAACAGCCAUCACAAACCCCAAAGGACCCUUUAGGCCAGAACAAAUUCAUCCUGACACCUGACUACAUUCAACAGACGAUAAAAAAUGCACUGAAACAGGAGAACCUGAAUCCUGAGAUCGAGGAGAAGCUCCUCCAGCUGCAGAGGUACCAGGAGAAGCAGAUGAAGGUGGAUUCCGUUCCUAAUAGUCAAGCCCAGACACCAGCAACUCCAAUAUCUAGGGCACCAUCCAGAAAACGUCCAGCAACGAUCAAUCCAGUCUCUCAGAAAGAUUCUCCAGCGAUCAACGACAAAGAUUCCAAUCUUCAAGAUCCUCGAAAGAAGAUAGUAAUAAAGCAGGAGCCCAAGGAGGUGAAGGAGAUCAAGGAGAGCCCCACGAAGAUCCCGAAGAUUGAGGAUGAGACAUCCAAGAGGUCCAUCAAAAUCAAGGAGAGUCAGGAGGCCAGGAGGCAGCAGCAGGUGCACUCUAGGAUGCAGGUGUUGUUGUUCAGGCACAAGGAGCUUUUGAAGAAGGAUAUACUGAAGAAGAGGGCGUUGUUGGAGAAGGAAUUGCAGAUAGACAUUCAGAAGGAUCUCUCUGCUGAGUUGACUAGCAGAACCAAGGCUGAGAGGCAUAAACAGGAUGAGGUGAAGGUCGGGGGGAAGAGGAAGGCUGUGGGCCAGUCUCCGGGGCAAAUGAGCCCCUCCGGCAAAGGGAAUAAAGCGAAGAAGCACAGGUCCUCGGGCAGUGCAACUACACCUCCUGGGGGCCCUUCUGCUGGACGAGUGAAGAAGCAGAAGCUCUAUUGUCUCUGCAGAACUCCUUAUGACGAGACCAAGUUCUACGUUGGCUGCGAUCUGUGUAAUAAUUGGUUUCAUGGAGAGUGCGUGGGCAUCACUGAGGAGAUGAGCAAGAGCCUCUCUGAAUUUGUUUGCACUGAGUGCAGACAUGCCAGGGAUACGCAGGAACUCUAUUGCUUGUGCAAACAGCCUUAUGAUGAAUCUCAGUUUUAUAUCUGCUGUGACAAGUGUCAGGACUGGUUUCAUGGCAGGUGUGUUGGGAUUCUACAGUCUGAGGCCGAUAAUAUUGAUGAGUAUGUGUGUCCCAACUGCCAGAGAAAUUCGUCGGUUAAUUUUGCUAAUAUGAAGAAUCUUAGUGCGAAGGAUCUGGAUUUACUGAAGAAACUUAUUAAACAUAUCCAGGCUCACAAGAGUGCUUGGCCUUUUAUGGAGCCCGUCGAUCCUAAUGAGGCCCCUGAUUAUUACAAAGUCAUCAAAGAGCCAAUGGAUCUCCAAACAAUUGAGCUCCGAAUAAACGACCGUUCCUACAAGAAACUCAGUGAAUUCAUCGGCGACAUGACAAAAAUAUUCGACAACUGUCGCUACUACAACCCCAAGGAGUCCCCAUUUUUCAAGUGUGCUGAAUCCUUAGAAACCUACUUCGUCCACAAGAUUAAGAGUCUUAGGGAGAAGUUUUCCGAGAGCAAAUGAUUCGCCAGGCACUAGUGAAACAGAACUCAGUGUUUUUACCCCCCCCCCCGCAAAACCCAUUUUUUUAUUUAUUAAAAGGACGAAAUAACGAAUUGAGUCGACUGGAACGAACUUUGCGAGGUAAUUGCGAGGCUUACAAUUAAGUCAAUGUUACUCCCCUGAACAUUUUUUUUUUAAAUUGUAAUAACGUGUGAAGAAUUUACACUUUAAUAGUUUACUGAGGGAUGAAUUUAGGUAUACGCAUAAUAAAUUGUACAAAUUUGUUUAUUAUGCUUAACGAGUAAUGACUUAAGUUGUUUUAAUCACUAUAAAUUUUCUAUGAAAGUGUUUAUAAAACGAUACAUACGAUGUUUAGGGUAAGAUAAUUGAAGCAGAGUGUCAAAAAGCAUUGAUGAAAAAUCACCAUUAGCAUUGUAAAUAAUUGCAGAUGAAUGAUAAAUGCCGAUUUAUCCAUUGAAAUGUGACAUUUUUAUGACAAUUCGAUAAUCGAAGAUGGUCUGAUUCUCAUUAACUCCACUGAAUAAUCAGCUCAUUGAGCAUUACUUGUUAAUUUUUUUUUUUCGUUAUUAAUAAUUAUUUCUUCAUUAAAUUGCUUAACGAGAGGGAAAAGAAAAAAACAGAUGUAAAUUUUUAUGCCAGGGUAAACAAAAAGCGAAUGAUUGUACAGUAUUUUUAAUUCAAAUUGCUCGAUGUAAUUCUGGUGAUGAGAUAAUGAUGGAGAAUAUCGGUGUGACCAUUACAUUUAGAAUUAAUUUCAUUAACAUUAUUUUUCACAAGUUGAACGUUUAAAUUGUAAUAUUAACGUGUGUAAGCACUAUUUUCUGCUCCUUAUUUUUAUUAUGAUAAUAAAGAAAUAAUUGUAGCUUUCAUUGCAAGUAGGUGGACGAGUUGAAUUUAUCACGGAUUAAUUUUUAAGGAUAAUUAGGAUAAGGUUAACAAUAAAUAGGUGAUAAUUGAGGGAGGAGGUAGGGCCAGUCGCUUAGCCACUGGGGAGUAUCGUUUUUCGUUGGGUUUUGAGUAUCGACAACUUUUUAUUUUGUCAAGAAAAAAAAUACAAAAUUUUGAGGAAAAAAAUCAUGUAAUUGAGGAGGUACGCAAGAAUAAAGAGUUUAAGUGAUUAAAAAUA